AACGUGACUCUAACGCGACGUCCUCACGAGACACGGAAGAGUUUGAACUGCAGCUUUAUCUUUAUUUAAACCUUAAAUGUAAUCUGAUGUGUUCAGGUUUAAACUCAGGUUCAGUUAUUGAGUGAAAACACCAACAGACUCAGACAUUUAGAACAAACUAAGAGUCAGAUCAGCAGAAACAGAGAACACGGACAUGUCUGCUGUAACUGCGUCACUCUGCUCCACGCUGAUGUUUGUCCUGUUCGUCUCUGCAGACCAGAAAAACAUCACAGCUGAGUCUGGACAGGACGUCACUCUGACAUGUCGAGCUCCAAACAACAACAUCAUCAGUUUAGAGUGGAGCAGAACUGACCUGACAGAUAAAUAUGUGCUUUUGUAUCGGAAUGGUCAGUUUGUUCCAGACAGCCAGCAUCCAUCUUUUAAGAACCGGGUGGAUCUGCAGGACAGACAGAUGAAGGAUGGAGACGUGUCUUUGAUUCUGAAGGAUGUGACGAUUAAUGACACUGGAACAUACGAGUGUGGUGUCGUCCAGACAGGAACAGAGUAUUUGAAUCCCAUCAACACCACCUACCUUCAUGUUGUUCCUCCAGGUCAGACAGGAGGACAAGAGAAGGAUGGAGGCAACAAAGAUGGAGGAAAGGAAGACAAAGAGAAGGAGGAGGAUGGAUCUGUUGGACUGAUAGUUGGUCUGUCAGUUCUUGUUGUGCUUCUUGUUGCUGGUGUUGUUGGUUUCCUGAUCUACAGGAGAUGUAAUCUGAAUCCUGCUGAUCCACAUGAAGCAGAGCAUCUUCAGCCUGAAUUCCAGAAAACCAUCCCAGCAGAGUCUGGACAGGACGUCACUCUGACAUGUCGAGCUCCAAACAGCGAGUCAGAGAAAAUGAGCGAACAGCUCCAUCAACUUGAUUAUUGAUCCAGAGAGUUAGUUUCCUGCUUGGCUUCUCAGUGUCCUUGUCUAGUCUCGUCUACUUUUCUACUUUUCUACUCUUUCCCUGGAACUCUCUCACAGUCUGUUCUCUAAAACCUAAAAGAGGAAUUAUGAAUUUGAUCAACUUGUCCCUGAAUGCAAUUGACACCCUCUUCUCAACAAGAAGCCUGGGCUCGGGUGAGCCUGAGUGUCCUGGAGGGACAUUCCCUGCCGGUACAUGAUGGACGGGUGGAGGAACUGGAGGGUCGUGUGCCUGGCGGGACUGUCAAUCGAGGACAUUGAAGACAUCUACCUGUUCAGAACCAUGAUAACAGGGUUCUUGCUGAUCGGAGCUGACUUGGCCCUGGCUUGUCGAAGAUUAAAGAAAGUGGAGUCGGCUGUUCAAAACCCCACAAGGCUGCCCACUGUGACUAAAACUUCUCAAAAUGGGCUCAUUGAACACAGCACGGAUCUUGGAGACGCUCGAGGCUGUCGUGAGCACUCAGACUAAGAUCUUUGAGUGCAAAAUUGAUACCAUCUCGGAGAAGCUCACAGCUCUCCAAUUGAGAGACCAGUCACAGACUGUUGUACCAAGUGUGAAAUUGACAUGCAGUUGCUCGCACUAAAGGAAAACCACCAUUAUUUCGGCGCCAGCUGUGGCCUCAAGGCUGGAGCUGAACAUAACAAAUUCUCACCCUGAUUACAGACUGUGUUUCGACUGUUCCUUGUUCCUCGUUGCUUGUCAUGUGGUUUAUGCUGUUGUGAUGUAAAUAUGUGUGCUCUCUGUGCAGAGGAGUUUUUUUGUUAUCUCUUCGUGGUACAGAGUGAAAAUGAUGAAUUAACGGUGUGAGUUUUAUUUCGCAGCGCCACAUGUUUGUGAUUGAGACUUAAUUGAAGGAGGAUCACACUGGGAAAAAAAAGGGAUUGGCCAGCCCUUGUGUAACAUAUGUGUUAAAUACCUGUGAAUUUCACCCAAAACACCUUCUUUUGGAUUAAAUAUGUCAUUUUGCA